AUGCACUACGGCGAUGUUGCUUCCUCGAAUGAUGUGUUCAACUAUAAUGAUGGGGCUGCUACAGGUUCUUCCUCCAAUGGUGUAUCAGAAAUGGAUGAAUCCAAUAAAGAUAUUGGACUCCAUCAUGAUUUCACUUCCAACGCAAGCGCUUCCGUUGGUGAAGUUAAUAAGAGUGAUAUGCAAUUAAGCCGUGUGUCUACUACGUCAGCUGAGCCACUGGGAUUGAAUAUUAAGCCGCAAACUUCUUCAUUUUCCAAGGAUACAUAUAACCAAAAGGGAGUACACAGCAAGCUUAAAAUUUUUGAACCCUCCUUUGAAGAAGGGAAACUCUGUAUUGAAUUUUCCGAUGAAGAGUUCAGAGCUGUAUGCGAUGAAUGUGAGAAUUCCUUAGUAGGCUUUUUCGUCGAUGAAGAUGUCCCCUUCAGCAUGGACCUAAAAAUGCUAGAAGAACUCUGGGAAGUGAAAGGAGAUUUUUCUGUGUUCACCAUAGAAAAUGGUUGCUCUAUAUUCCAAUUCAGCUGUGUUGAAGAAAAGAUGAGAGUUCUUGAAUCAGCAGAUCUCUGGAGAAUAAGAAAAAACCAACUGAUUCUGAAAGAAUGGGAUUGGAAGUUGAUGGUUGAAAGAAUUGAUGUGGAAUCUCUUCCAGUUUGGGUAAAGAUUUACAACUUACCACCCUUCUUUUGGACUCCUGCUAUUCUCAGUAAAGUUGGGAGUGGUCUAGGGACUCCUUUAUAUGCUGAUUCGAAGACGCAAAACAAACAUGAAUUAGCUUAUGCCAUCUUUUGUAUAGAAUUUAAUGCUAGCAAGCCAUUGCCAGAGACUUUGCGUAUUAUAGUGAAAGGAAUGGAGUGCCAUCUGAAGUUGGAAAAUGACUGGAGACCCUUAAGGUGUGGAAUCUGUUGCACUUUCGGUCACAUAGCCUUGAACUGUAGACAGGAGAUGAAAGCUAAGAAACACAACUAG